UGUUUUCCCAAUAAUUAAAGUGCCUCCGAAUAUCCAAUAAUGGCGUCUUCUUCUGGCUCCAGACUUUUUGCAGGUUUCUUGGUAGUGUUGUUUAGUUGUGGAUUGUAUGCUAAUGGAUGCUAUUUAUCCAUCAUCAGCUUUGGUGACUCCAUUGCUGACACUGGGAACCAAAAACAUUUGGCCUUAAUAUCCGACGACGUCAUAUUUAUAUGUGGUCCUCCUUAUGGCCAAAAUUUCAUCGGCCAGUCCACCGGCCGUUGCUCCAACGGCCGGCUCAUCAUUGAUUUUCUAGCUGAGAGUCUUGGGUUGCCGUUGAUACCGCCGUAUUUCAAUGGCAAGGGGAGUAGCGGAGUGGGACGACAAGGAGUGAACUACGCGGUGGUGGGUGCUACAGCAUUGGAUGCAUCGUUUAUGGAAGCCAAAUGGAGUGAACGUUCUGUGAUUAACGCGUCUAUAAAAAUUCAGUUAGCAUGGUUUAAAGAAUCAGUGUCUUCUAUUUGUGGCAACGCUUCAGACUGUAGAAACUUCAUUGGGCGUUCUUUAAUUCUAAUGGGUGAGAUUGGCGGUAACGAUUACAAUUAUCCAUUAUCCGUGGGACAACCCAUUGAUGAGAUCGAACCAAUUGUUCCUCUUGUUAUUGAUGCCAUCAUCUCAACGAUCAAUGAGUUGAUUGUGAUGGGGGCUCGAACUCUGGUUGUUCCAGGAAACUUUCCACUUGGAUGCUUACCUAGGAUUUUGACAAUAUAUGGGUCUGAUAACGAAGAGUAUGAUCCUAUAACCGGUUGUAUGACCAAGUUUAAUAAGUUUGCUGAAUAUCACAAUAAAAUGUUGCAAACAAAAUUAGAUCAUAUUCGAGAGCGUAAUCCUAACGUCACCCUUAUCUAUGCGGACUACUACAACGCUCUCAUGCAGAUUUAUCGUUCUCCUUAUGAAUAUGGAUUCACAAACGACAAGAUUUUAAAGGCGUGUUGUGGAUGUGGAGGGCCGUUUAAUUUCAACGUUUCAAUGCAAUGUGGAGAAUUAUGUAAAACCGUGUGUGAUGAACCAGAUACUUAUCUUAGUUGGGAUGGAAUACACUUAACCGAAAUAGCAUACAAGCUAAUUUUCAAGAGUUUAUUUCAGGGGCCAUAUACUAUUCCAGAAUUUUCUCCCCUAUGUCCUGCAUCAUCACAAACUGAGGUUGGAUUAUCUAGUUAUAUAUAAGCAGUGCAAGCUUCAAAUUAUUAUUUUUUUGUUUAUGAUUCGUCGUAGCUAUAUAGCUUGCUAUAAUGCGUGAAAGAACAUGAUGCCUACAGAAUAAGGAGUUUGGACAUCAAGCCAAACAAAAAAGUUUAUUAUAUCAAUGGUUGUGUGAUAUAUAUAACUAGGUUCAUACCCAC